UUCAUUUCAUUGCGUUUUCGUUUCAUCCAUUUCCUUAUCCUCUCUUUUUCUCUCACUCUCUCUUUUCACUUCAAUUUUCCAACACAACAAUGGCUUCAACAACCGCAUUCGCAACCAUCUCAACCGUCACACGCUCUUAUCCUACACCCUCCUCUUAUCCUUCACCCUUCCCCAAACCAAUCACAACCCUCCACUUCCCAUCCUCAACACCAACAACCCUCUCCCACCGCUCCACCCGCCUCCACCGCAUCUCCGCCGUCUCCGCAGAAGUCGAAAAGCUCGGCAACGAGAUCUCCGGCCUCACUCUCGAACAAGCCAAAAACCUUGUCGACUACCUCCAAGACAAACUCGGCGUAACCGCCGCCUCAUUCGCUCCCGCCGCCGCCGUUGCUGCUCCCGCCGCCGCGGAAGUUGCUGUUGUGGAAGAACAGACCGAAUUUGAUGUGGUGAUUGAGGAAGUUCCGGGUAACGCGAGGAUUGCGGCGAUUAAAGCGGUUAGGGCUUUGACGAGCUUGGGAUUGAAGGAGGCAAAGGAGCUGAUUGAAGGUUUGCCGAAGAAAUUCAAAGAAGGUGUGACGAAAGAUGAAGCGGAAGAUGCGAAGAAACAACUUGAAGGUGCAGGUGCUAAAGUUAACAUUAUUUAGGGUUUCGCUUCUUUUUUUUCCCCAAUUUUAAUUUUGAAUUGUUGUUGUAAUUUCAAGUUGUUAUUAUGGUGUAUUAGUGAAGAAAAUUGAGUUAGUUCUGGUUGUAUUAUUAUAAAUCUAUAAUUAAAGAACGAAUUAUUUGGAUGGUGUAUUAAUUAAUUGUAUUCAAAGUUUUUUUGUUUCA